AAGGAUAUGUACAAUUCUUCCAAGAGUCUCGUGUAGCCUUGGAAAAGCUACACCAUCAUCAUUAAUCCAAAUAUUGAAUAGAAGACAUUGCUAUUGAAGCAGAGAUGUUGUAGAGAAUUUCCCUAUAGCUCAGCAGAUUUUCAGGAUGUGGUACGUGUAAGGGAUGACUGCAAUGAAACCGUCAGCCAGCAUAUGUUGGUGCACCACGAUGACUCGCCACAGGAGUAGAAUUGUAGAUGUCAUCAUGAGGUCAUCAGUGUUUCUGUGUGUGUGGCGAGAGGCAUGAUAUUUCACUGUAGCCACUGGUCAACAUAAACAGGGCCAAGAUAUCAGUACAGUCGCAAUCAUGUAGGACCAACAGGUAUCCAGGUGUCACUACAACAUCGUUAGACAUUAUCCCAGGAAACACAAACCAGGAGACAUGAAAAUCUGUACUGGGAAGGAUAGCUGUGUCAUGGAGGAUAAGACUGGGCUCCCUGGUGGUGACGAUCCCCUGGAGUGUGGCGACAAACCUCUGUCCUUCAUGACACCUCCCAAGGGCAAAAAACAAGUGACACUCUCUCUGGAGGCUGGUGGAGGUGAAGACUUUCCGGAGGAUGAAAUGAAUGAGUUUGAAAAUGAUGGUGAUGAAGCUUAUGAUGAUGUGUUUUUACCGGAUGAUUACAGUGAUCAGAUGGACAGUUAUGUUGGAUCAGAGGGAGAAUAUGAUGAUACCAGUUCUGUCACAGCAGGCAAUAUGGAACAGGAAGAAGAGACCUGUACUCACGAAAGAUCCUGUACAUCAGGUUCAUCACAAGGGGAGACAACUCCACAAUGGAGCAAUCAGAUCGAGUAUAUCUUUGCCUGUUCUGGGUUUAUGACAGGACUUCAUGGUGUUCUCAAAUUCCCAGAACUGGCUAGAAUACAUGGUGGAGGGGUAUUCUUCAUGGCCUACCUAAUAUUAGUGAUGGUUUGUGGUUUCCCUCUCUGCUACAUGGAAAUGAUUCUAGGCCAGUAUUCGAGGGGAGGACCUAUCACAGCCUGGGAGGUGGUGCCACUGUUUAGAGGUUUGGGUGUCAGUAUGAUUCUGGUGUCUAUCACAGUCAGUAUCUACAACCACGUAUCUCUGCUGUAUGCUAUGUACUACCUGGUCAGGUCACUGAUGUCUUUUUUGCCAGGGACAUGUACAACAGAGAGAUGCUGGCCGUAUUCCAGCGUGAACCAGUCAGGUCCUAAUGGUGUAGGCAAAGAAGUGUUUGACACCUCGAGUUCGUAUCUGCUGAACAACGUUUCUACCACACCGAGCAUCUCUUUAGAUGUCAUUGCUGAUAAACAGAACCAGUUUUUCUAUGCUGAUGUCCUGAAAAUCUCGAGUGGUCUGGCAGUGAUAGGUCAGCUACAGUGGCCUCUCAUGCUGUGUCUUGUUGGUGUCUGGAGCAUCACCUUCCUCGUAACAAUUACUGGGCCGAGGUCAUUUGGUAAGGUCGUGUACAUGACAUUUGGAUUAUCAACUGGUUUGUACUUUUCACUGUUGGUGCGCUGCUGUCUAGAGGAGGGCGCCAUCCUCGGCAUCAAGUUCUUCCUCAAUCUGCAGUGGAGUACGCUAGGUAAUCCCCAGCUGUGGAGGGACGUUGGACAAUUGGUGUUCCUGUCGCUGGGGCUAGGGACAGGAUGCUUGACAACAUUAGCUAGUUAUACUCACUUUCACAGUCACUGCUUUAGGAAUUCUCUAAUCAUUGUCAUGGCCCACCUGUUUGGAGUCAUCCUAACUGGAUUUACAAUGUUCUCCAUGCUGGGGGUGUAUAGUCAGACCAAAGAACUGGACAUCACAAAACUCAACUUUUCAUCAUGGGAGCUUGUGUUUACCAUAUUCCCGUCAGUGCUAUACAAGAUGGAGGUGUCUAGGAUAUGGACAGUGAUACUAUUCCUGUUACUGGUCCUCACUGGUCUUCACACACAGUCAGUGUAUGUAGAGAAUGUCUUGUCAGGUAUACUGCUCGUGUUAAAAAUCAAAAGGUUGUUCCGCUGGAAAUACUUGGUACAGCUGUUGACUUGUACUGUCCUGAUGGCCCUGGGAUUGCUGUUUACUUCACAGGCUGGUCUGUAUCUGACCCAUCUAGUGAGCAGUGUUGUAUGUAGGCUAGACCUGUUUAUGGUCACCCUGAUUGAGUGUAUAGUCCUAACAUGGUUGUAUGGCACCCAAAGACUUUCCAACAAUGUGGCUGACAUGACAGGGAGCGUGGACAGUCCUUGGUGGAAGAUCACCUGGCAGUUCUUUACACCAUUGUCAAUACUGGCCCUGUUGGUGCUGACAAUAGUGGUUGACAGUCGACUCACCUACAAAGCUUACAUGUAUCCAGACUGGACAACACCGAUUGGAUGGAUUUUUACCUUCAUCCUUAUCUUACCUAUACCUCUGGAAAUGAUUAGAGUCCUCCUGCAGGGAUCCGACCCAUUUAUACAGAGAAUAAAGAGGGUGAAGGCCACUCCGAUUGGAUGGGGUCCUGGACCCUUGGCUAAUCAGGAACCAGACAUGGACCUACCAGAAUAUGUCAUCUGCACCCCAGAUAUCUACAAACCUCAGCAUGGUCUGGCCUUGAUAACAGCUAACCUCUACAUACCAAACCUGAGUAACCUGGUCACAGCUGUGGAGACAGAGGAUGCUGACAUGACAAACGGUUACCUGUCUGAACUGACCACUCUAGACAGUGGUGAUAGUGAGGAGCCAGAGGAGGACAGUAAUUACCGUGGUAACUGGAGUAGCCGUCUGGACUUUGUCCUCUCCUGUCUAGGAUAUGUGGUCGGCCUUGGCAAUGUAUGGAGGUUUCCGUAUCUCGUGUACAAAAACGGUGGAGGAGCCUUCUUCAUUCCCUACGCUAUAAUGUUAGUGUUCUGUGGUGUCCCUUUGGUCUAUUUAGAGCUGGCCUUUGGACAGUAUGCUAGUUUGGGGCCUAUCACUGUAUGGAAAGCCGUACCACUUUUUAAAGGUAUUGGGAUUUCCAUGGUGUUGUCGUCUGCCAUUGUCUCUAUCUACUACAACAUGGUCAAUGCAUGGGCAUUCCACUUCUUGUUUGCAUCAAUGACGGGAGUGCUGCCCUGGCUCGGCUGUAAUAACUACUGGAACACUGAGGCAUGCAGUACAAAUCAAUAUCGUGUAAGCAACUGUUCUUGGAUUAACCAGACUUUUUUCGAUACUGGAAAUUUUACUUUAAAUAAUUCAUGUGUGUCGGUGGUAACGAACUGCAGUUACUAUGGAAACAACGAAACUCAGUUACUCGAAAACUGUAUUGAAAGUCUGCAAGACAUUCUGGGAAAAGAUGUUUUAUUGGACGAACCAAAAUAUGAUGGCUCUCGGACAAGUCCUACCGAGGAAUAUUUUUUCAAUCGAGUGCUGGGAAUGACAGGAAAGUCUCUUGGUAAUCUUGGAUAUAUCCAGUGGGAGUUAGCAUUGUGUCUCAUGCUGGCCUGGUUUAUUGUGUUUGUGUGUUUAAUAAAGGGAAUCAGAACAUCUGGAAAGGUGGCCUACUGUGUUGUCACGUUUCCUUACAUCAUUAUUUUUGCUCUCUUGAUACGAGCGUUUAUGAUGGAAGGUUAUAUGCAGGGAAUUAAGUUCUAUGUCACACCGAAAUGGGAGAGGUUAAAAGAGCCUGGCGUUUGGGCGGAUGCUGCUGUUCAAGUUUUCUUUUCAUUAUCAGCUUGUAUGGGAGGACUGACGACCUUAGCAAGUUACAAUAAAUUCCACAAUAAUAUUUACAGUGAUGCAAUACUGGUUUGUCUGGGAGAUACCUUGAUGAGUGUAUUAGCGGGAUUCUCUGUGUUUGCCAUGAUGGGCGUCCUCAGCAACGAACUUAACACAUCAGUCGAGAAUGUCAUAGCCUCAGGUAUUGGACUGACCUUUAUUGUUAAUCCAGCUGCCAUGUCUUUCUUUCCGGCGGCCCCUAUGUGGUCCCUGCUGUUUUUUCUCAUGAUUGUCAUGCUAGGACUAAGUACACAGUUUGUGAACAUCGAGACAGUAAUCACUGCUAUUAUAGAUGAAAAUAUCACUCUACUGCGACGAAGACGGGUACUGAUUGUCUCCCUUUUAUGUGGAAUUUUGUUUUUGUUGGGACUUCCACUCACCACACAGGGUGGUAUGUAUGUACUACAACUGAUGGAUGAAUAUGCGGCGGGGUUUCCCAUCCUAAUUAAUGGUAUCUUCGUGUGUAUCGCCAUCGGCUGGAUAUAUGGGGUGAAACAGUUCUCUCGGGACAUCAAACACAUGGUGGGACAUAGUGUUAGUUACUGGUGGCAGGCGAUGUGGUGUGUUAUGACACCCCUCAUUAUAAUAUUUAUUCUGAUAUUCUCAGUGAUUGGGUACAAACCUCUGUCAAUAAAGUAUGAGACAGAAGCCUAUCCUGACUGGGCAGAGAUACCAGGUUUUAUCAUUACACUUACCCCUGUCCUAGCCAUUCCAGUGUGUGGGUUAUUCCAGGUCAUAACCAAACAAGGCUCCCUCUUACAGCGGUUAAAGAAAAGUUGUAGUUCUGAAUCAAACUGGGGUCCUGCUUUGGAACGUCACUGGAAAAAUAUAGAAUACUUUCCUACCGUUAAUACUCACACCAUGGUAGAAGACAUAGAGCAUUCUCUUCUCCAUACUGUUACAGAUAAUGUUGAUUUCACCACGGUUGGUGUUCGUGUUCCGAGUCUAUCCCAAACAAGUCUUCUUCCUAAAUCCUUGUCCCCAAAGAAACCUCGUGACAUGAGGGAGCGUGCAAUCCUAAACCAUGCCUACAGCAACCCACAGUGUCAUCAAUCCACAGCUUCCAUAGAAAAAACAUCACUCUCUUCAACAUCUUCAUCAAGUAGUAGUUGCCAUGGUGACGAGAAGAUCGCCAGUUGUUCUAGUUUCAAUGACGACAAACUUCCUUCCUGUAGUCACAAUGAUAACUUCUUCUUUGGUCCGGAUAUCAUUGUGGUGCCACGGAAUAAGACAAAAAUCCAGACGUGCAAUGCCUCGACGCAAACCGAUUUUCCCUUGACCAGGAAAAGAUCUUCCAAGAAAAAUCCAAUGACAUCUUCAAGAAAAUCAUCAACCUCCUCAUUUUCAACUCGGUCUGUUAGUCUCCAAAGUAAUAUGAACAAUGACUCACCAGCAGUCUUGGAAGUGGAAGUCACACAACUUUGAGCAUGACCUUUAACUUUCUGAUGGAAAGAUGUUUUUAUUUUUCAGCAGGCUGUCACUUGCCAUUAUGUGUUACUGACUUAAACUAGAUUUUUGGCCUAUAUAGGCUUGCUGUAACCUUGAACUUUGGUUUGAAUUAUGAAUGACCCUGGCCUUGUCACAAGUUGUGUUCAAAUGCAAGGUCUGGGUGAGAAUCCAAAUUUUGAUUUUUUGGAAUAUAUUUUGGUGUUUUAUGACAGUUAAGGUGUUUUUAUGUUGCUGUGUUUUUUUUUAUCCGUAACACCAUACCAGUUUCCAGCCAUUUUGUUUGAUAUAGUUUACAUUUAUAUGUAAUGAAUACUCGUAAUCAUUUUAUAACUUCAUGUCCUAUUCCAGCAAACAGGAAUUAUGUGAAAGGUUUUGUAUGCCAGGUGUGUAGUUAAAAUUUACCAUUCUGUCAGAUUUCACUGUAUAUAGAUAUAUGAAUUACUCAAACAGCUAGGUCCUGUCCUAAAAUAUAAAAUCAGCCAUUUUGUAUAACGAGAUGGACCACAAGUUAUCGGUUAGGACAGCAUUUGAAUGAUUGUACAGCUUGUUGAAAGUUUAGCAAGACUCCCAGUUGAAAGAGAACAAAAUCAAGAUGUUUUCUUUUUGUCUCAGAAUGUUAGUAUACUCUGUUUUGAAUCUUCAAAGCAUUCUUUGAAAUCUUUUUGUAUUGGUUUUGAAGGGUGAUGAAAUUUAUACCUACAAUAUAUAUCCUUAUACAGAUGUAAAUAGUUAUUUGAGAGAACAAAAAAUGGCAUUUGUCAAAAGAUGUUGGGCAUAUGUGAUAUGCAUUUAGUUUUAUGUUUACUGUUUACAUUAGGCUAUAUAUGGAAACAUCUUAAAGAUGAUGUGAAUAUCAAUUCAGGUGACUAGAAUUACAUACAUGAUGUGUAGAAUUUAAGGUUUAACUAUCUGUUUGAUUGAUGUUUACAUUUCAUAUUAAUUAAUAUUGAUAAACAAGUGAUCUAUAUAGAAUAGUUUUUUUAUUUACAGACCUAAUUAAGUAUGGGUGAGGAUCGGAAAAUGUUUUACACCAUUGAAAAUCAGAUACGAUCAAGAGUCAGUAAACUCUGUUUUCUAUUUCUAAUAUUUUGAUGUUGUACAUGUCAUCAAUGAAUAUUUAAAAAUAUUUAAUAUUUACAAUUACUUUUGAUGAAGAAGCUUAUGUAAAUUGCCAUAAUAAUUGAUUAUUCUGUUACCAAUUUUAAAGCUGAAGUAUUCUAUACGAUCUUUCUGAUAUGUAUACAAAGCUUCACAUACAUCACUUGUAUCACAGUGAUACCAUUCCAUGUUAUUAAUGAUGUCCUCAUGUAAUAUACAAACCACAAACCUGACUUUUACAUUCAUGUGUAUUCCUCAUACUAGUAUAAAUCUACUGUGUCGUCCAUCAUGUUGCAAUGCUGUCAAAUCCCCGACUUUGUAUCAGAAAUAUUGGCCAGAGGGUUUGGUAUUGAUUUCUGGUAACUUUCAUUUAGAAAAAAAUGAAAGUAAAUUUUAAUCAUUAAAUAUUGUUAAACAUUCAUGCUAUUAAAUAUGAAAAGAAUUUUUUUCUGCUUGAGAGGGGAUAUUGCAGCAAGAUUUAAUCAAAUAAAAAUGCAGCUUUUGUGAAAUUUUGUGGAGCACCCAAAGUUUGUCCAGUAUAGAUGUGAAAUAGCCAAUGUAGAUUCACUGUUUAAUAUUUCAUAAUCUUAUUAUACAUUGACCUCAGACUAAAGAGGUAUUUUUUGGUACGUUUUUAUUUUAAUUGCAAUUUAAAUUUCCAAAUGUACACAAAUGUGCAUGUAAAUGAUAUGGCAUAUUGCUAUGACUAUUUGGUUACCAUUGUUACAUUGUGUAUUGUCAAUGUGGAAUUAUUUUAUAUUUAUUUUUUAGAUUUGCAAUGGUAUAAAAUGAAGAAAAAAUUAUUUAUAGUAAUUUUGUAAAUAUGGAAUAUAUAUGUAAAUAUGAUUAUUGCAAACCAUUUGAAGGCACUCAAUCAAAUGUCUUAUUACCAUGUUUUAGAUAUUAUAUAUACCUUUGUUGUUACAUGCAUAUC